AAAUUAAGACGGGGAAUUUCCGGUUUGUAUUUUGUAAACACAAGGAAACCACAGCAAAGGCGGACAUGGUGGUAUUUCCUCGCUAAAACGCUUUGUCAUUCGCUGUUUUAACAGCUAGCGUGCAGUUCGCCGUCAUAGCUUUAUUUCGCUGGAGUGUUUUUCGACGCGUCUGCUGAACAAACUAGUAGACGUCGAGUCCGCCAUCGGGGUUCUGGUGGGUGUGUUAGCUAGCUGUACAGCUGCCGUGUGCUAACGCAGGAAGGAGUGAACUCUCAUGGUGGUCUCAGUUCGAUGGGGAACUGUCUGUUUUCACAAACUGCCGACGACUUGUCUCUGCUGAACGAGUCUGAAGGGGGCAGUCUGCCUGGAGAACCGCCGCCGCCUUACCAGGAGCGCAUCGAGCCGGUGCCAGUCUACCACCCCAACCCAGGGGAGAGUCGCCUGGCCAGUCAACUGACCGAGGAGGAGCAGGUCCGCAUCGCUCAGCGCAUCGGUCUCAUCCAUCAUCUGCCCAAAGGCAUCUUUGACCCAGGCUCGGGCCAGUCUGACAAAAAAGUUAAAGAGUGUGUGAUCUGUAUGAUGGAUUUUGAGUAUGGCGAUCCCAUUCGGUUCUUACCCUGUCUUCACAUCUACCAUGUGGAUUGCAUUGACCCCUGGCUGAUGCGCUCCUUCACCUGCCCCUCCUGCAUGGAGCCAGUAGACGCAGCUCUGCUGUCCACUUAUGAAGCCAACUGAGUCACCCCUUGUGGUGGCUCCUGCCUAAAAAUAACUGCACCUUUUUUAGCCGAAACUGUCCUUGCUGUUCUAAGAGGUAGCUAGUGUGUUGUGGCAUUACGCUGGUGUUUAAGGGGGUGUUUUAGGAGGCAUCAAGAUAUUGAAAACUGCUCAACAAUGUGUUGCUUAGGGCUGAUUUGGGCUGGUUUGGACUUAGGAAACUCUGCCUUUUAUAGUCAGACGUGCCAAAUCAAGAUAGAUGAGGUUUACGAAGAAGUGUACAAGUAGCAAAAUAGUUUUACUUUCGUAUGACUGAGAGUCUAAUUAUUGUUUUUUGUUUUGUUUUAUGGUAAUGAAUUGCAUGUCAUCUAUAUAAUUUACCUCCCCUUUCUAGAUUUAAUGUGCAAUAUAUAAUAUAUAUAUAUUGAGAGAAGACGCACGGAAUUUAUUUUGGUCAACUGAAGGCAGGUGGUGUUGUGGAGAAUAAGACUGACAGUGUAGUUGCGUACACUAGGAGAGAAUGCAUUAAGGGCCCUAUCUUGGUGAUCUAUGGCACAUUGCGUAAUUACAUUUGGUGCAUGUCCAACUCCACAUUGCUCUUAAGAGAGUGCGUAAGCUCAACAUACAAUACGGUGCAGAGAGCAAAGAUGUUGGAUUUGUUUACUUAGAAAGUCAUGGGAGUGUUUUUGUUUCGGUAUAGUAACAUGAAAUAACCCAGUCAUUGUCAUCUGUUGUUUCCUUUAAGAGCCACGUCUGCCAGGAACCAGGCUAUUAUAGAAAUCCGACUCAAGCGAGAGGUUGAGGUUGAUCUGCAGCCGCAUGUGGAUCUGCAUCUGCACAUCACAGCACACCAGUGGAGUGCAGGCACCAAACCUUCCUGAGGUGAUGCAUAGAGCUGUGUGCGGUGCAGCGGAGUCAUAGUUAUCACUGGUGUAGUAAUGUGCCAUAUUAUGGAUGGCGCAGAACCAUCAACAUCGUGAGAAAUGGGGCUAAUGAGAAUCCCUGCCACACCCUAAAUGAAUAAAAAUAUAUCGACUCCAGUGAAAAAUAAUAUGGAUGAAAUAGAAAAAUGUUAAACACGUAUUAGUUUGGAAACCAGUAGUCAUUAUGGAAAACAUGCACAGCUUGGCUCAGCACUGCAGCCCGGAGACUGCGAUAAUCAAAACUUAUACUUUUCUUAUACAUGCAGCUGAUUGCACAGUAAUUUUCUGUGAAGGACAAGUUAAAGUCAUGGAAAUAUUAACUUGUGAUUCUGUGGUGUGAACCAAUGGGCUUUUGCGGUGCAGGCAAGUUUAAGCCUUACCGAUCACCAAAUUAUCAGCCACAGAUUUCUCAAACGUAAUACUACAAACACACAUUUGAUUCAUGAAAUUUUUCAUCCAGGUUUUACUUUUAAAGUAGUAGGUUUUGAAAUGAAAACAGUCAAGAUUAAACUUCUGCUCAAACAAGACAAUUAUUAAAGAGGUUAUGCAGUGCAAAACCAGUAAUAUCACUGUCCAAAAAGUGACUGAUACAUACAGUGAUGAUCAUUUUUGGUCAUAUUUCUCGCCCCAUAUAACGUACAAACAUGAAGUUUUAUUUAGCUUCAUUUCAUUAAUAGUUCUGUUCAUUUCGGCUUUCUUGUGUAUACACAGCAGUGUGUAUGUGUGUUGUGAGCGCACUCGUGUAAUACACUUCUCACUGUAUUGCGCUGUGUAAACACCAGAACACCUUCAGACCAGGUUAUUGCUGAUCUGAUAACAAUCCACCAACGCUGGGCCUGAUCACACCUCAUUUUUCGACCAACACAACCACAGACACACAGAUGAGUGUAGUUCUACUCACUGUUUACGUGAUAUGCGCGCGAUGUGUGACAAUCUCUGAAUGACACUUGCACUGUGCAAAGUGGAAGACAGGACCUUUAAGGUCUUGAAGCCACAGGCCGCUUUACUGAAAUGCAAUUUAGCAAAACUGAAACCCGAGCAGAGUUUUUCUGAUCACAAGAUAUGCUUUGAGGUUUCCUGAUCGUUCGUGUGUACAUCACUCCGACACACAUGCGUGUUCUUUCAGUGUUUGGAGAGAUUUUGAGUUUGGCUUAGUUUUAAUGUUCGGGGAGUUGUUGACUGUUCUGUUGGUACCCUUUUGAAGCUGCUUUUUCUGAACGCAGACUUAUUUAAGUUUCCACAAUGUGGAUUGUUUGCUUCGGGUUUGUGCUGUCUAGUACAUUAAAAAAAAAAAACCUUUACUUUCUCUUUUUUCAUUAAUAUUUACAGUCACAAGUAUAAAAAUAAGAUAUUGUGCAAUCUUCCUUAAAGCACCUUGGAAUGUCCCUAGUGGCUCUCUGUAGUUUGACUAUAGAAGAGUGUGGGUGUGUCUCUUGAUACUACGUGAUAUGUGUUUAACGGAGGGUGGAUACAGAUUGUCAUGUUGCGGUGACACUGUGACUUGAUCCUGUCAGAAGUGUUUUUUAGUAGUUACAAUUUUUUAGUGUGAAGCUGUUAUUUUGUAUGGACAGCUUUCAAACAGCAACUAAAGCAUUUCCAGCUCUUCAA